AUGCUGGCUCUGGUCUAUCUUUCUGGCUUGCUAUCGGCUUGUCUCGUUCAGGCCGUGACAUUUCACCCUCUUCCCGACAAACCAGGCUUGAUUGACAAUGGGACGUUUGGACCUGACCUUGAGGUUGUCCAUCUCUUCAUGAAUGAAGCUCCCAUUGGGAUCACAGUCGGUCCUACAGGUCGCGCCUUCGUCACAUUCAAUCGUGGCGACCUGGCCUCGAUGCCCAUAACACUCGGAGAGAUCGUCAAUUCAAGCGCUGAAGUUCCUUUCCCCAGCGCCGAAUUCAACACUCCACCAGACGGACUUACCAAUUCUUCUUCCGGAAGACUCCUUUCUUCUAGCGACUCGGAGCAUUUCAUCAAUGUGCAGGCCGCCGUACAUGACGCAAAAGGCCGUCUAUGGGUGCUUGACACCGGUCGUCCAACCCUCAAUGGUGACAACCCGCCUGCCGUACCAGGCGGCCCGAAGCUAGUAGGAUUCGAUGUGGCGAACAAUGCUACGACACCAUUCAAAACCAUCACUUUCCCGGAGAUUGUGCUGCCAGCAUUGGGAUACUUGAAUGACGUACGCUUGGAUCUCAGUGCGAAUCUCACAGCCAGUGGAGAAGGUGUCGCGUAUCUCGCUGAUAGUGGCGCGGCCGGUAUCAUCGUUGUCGACCUGGGUACUGGCGAGUCUUGGAGACACUUGAGCGGCUUGCAUAGCACUUCACCUAACCCAAGACAUCUGCCUACGCUGUUCGGAAUUCCAACGUACAUUUCUACACCGAUGAAUCCGGCGUUCCAUUACGAGACAGUUGCAGGUGGUGGAAUAGAUGGGUUUGCAAUCUCCGCUGAUGGUCAAUUCAUCUAUUACACCCCUCUUGCAAGCCGUGACCUCUAUCGCGUCCCGACCGCCGCACUACGUAUCAACCCCGCGAAUGAGAAUCUCGCAUUCUUAAAGGCGGCCGACAGUGUCCAAUACCUCGGACAGUACGGUGGCCAAGCAGACGGCCUCGAAACCGAUUCAACAGGGAAAAUCUACCUUACCUCUCCCGAACAUAAUUCUAUCAAUACGUUCGAUCCUGAGACGGGUAUGGUUUUUCCAUUCGUAAGAUCUCCUAUCAUGGCAUGGCCAGAUACGCUCAGUGUUGCGAAUGAUGGGUUCAUCUACGCCACCCUCAACCAGUUAUGGCUGAGUCCCGGAUUUCAGAACGGGACGGAUAAUAGGGUGAAGCCGUUCGCGCUAGUGAGGGCUCCGAUUGACGGGAAGCCUGUCUUGUUAGGAUGA